AUGAAAUCAUAUUAUAAAUUUGUUCCAACUUCACCAACUUUUUCAUCAUCAUCAACAUAUUCAAAAUCAACAAAACAACAAUAUAGUAUUAAUAAUAAUAGUAAUAAUAAUAAACAAAAAAUAAAUGAUGAUGUUAAUAAUAAUAAUAAUAAUGAAGGAAUAAUAUCAAAUUAUUUACAAGAUUUACCAUUAUUGGUAAUUAUGAUAUUUUAUAUUUAUGCAUGUCCAUUUACAAAAGUUGAAGAAAGUUUUAAUAUUCAAGCAAUCCAUGAUUUAUUAAAUCAUGGUUCAAAUAUUGAAAAUUUUGAUCAUUUAGAAUUUCCAGGAGUUGUACCAAGAUCAUUUAUUGGAUCUUUAUUUAUUUCAUUUUUAUCUUACCCAUUGGUUAGACUAUCACAAUUGUUUGGAUUCACUAAAUUGGCAGGUCUUUACAUUUGUAGAUUUGUUUUGGGAAUGUCAAGUUUGGUUGCCAUUUCUCAUCUUCGUAGAACCAUUGGAAAAGCAUUUGGAAGUGAUGUAGGAUACUUUUUCUCACUAGUCACAAUGUCUCAAUUCCAUUUUAUUUUCUAUUCCUCUCGUACUCUACCCAAUACUUUUGCAUUGAUCCUUGUCAUUUUUGCCUAUUCUAAAUGGUUGAAAAACAAUAAUACUGGAAUGAUUGUAUUAUUGUCAAUGGCAAUGUUUUUAUUUCGUUCAGAGGUACUCAUUUUGUCAGGUCCAAUCAUCUUUUCAAAACUUUUAAAUCGUUCUCUAGCUUUUGGUCAUUUUAUCAAGAUUGGAAUCAUUUCAGCCUCCAUAUGUAUCAUUUCAAGUAUUAUCAUUGAUUCAUUAUUUUGGAAUCGUUUAUUGUAUCCAGAGUUGGAAGUAUUUCUUUUCAAUACUUUGGAAAACAAGAGUUCGGAAUGGGGUGUACUUCCAUUUGGUUGGUACUUUAAAUCUGCUAUUCCCAAAUCACUCCUUCUUUGGUCACUCUUUUUCAUUCCAGCUCUGUCAUUUACCAAACAAAGACAAAUCAUUCUUCCCUAUCUCCUCCCAAUUGUAUCAUUCAUCUUUAUCUAUUCUUUUCUACCACACAAAGAAUUAAGAUUUAUUCUCUACGUUGUACCAAUUUUUAAUUUAACCAUUUCAAUUGGUAUUAAAUCAUUAUUCACAAAAUUACAAAAAUAUAAAUUAAUAUUAUGGACUGGAUUGAUGGGAUUAUUAUUUAUUAAUUUAAUAAUAUCUAUGGGAUUCCUUUAUGUAUCAUCAAAGAAUUAUAGUGGUGGUGAUAUAUUCACUAAACUUCAUUCAACCAAUUUACAACUACAACCAUUGUAUCAACAACAACAACAACAGAAUCAACAGAAUCAAGAAAACCACAAUCAUAUUUUAAAUUAUUCAAACUUUACAAAUAAUAUGAAAUUAUUACAAACAACAACAACCACUACUACUAUUAAAAAGAAAGAAUCAUUAUCAAUUCAUAUUGAUAAUUUGGCAGCAAUGUCUGGAGUUUCAAGAUUUGGUGAAUUGAAUUCAAACUACAAGUAUUCCAAACAAGAAUAUGAAGUUCAAUUUAAAGAUUAUGAUGUUUUAGUUACACCUUUUAAAGAGGAAAUGACAUUACAAGGAUUUAAAGUAUCUGAUUGGGUAAAUGGAUUUAGUCACAUUACCAUUUCAAAAUCAUUUCCUUUUAUUUCAAUCAUUGAAGAACCUACCUUUACAUCAAUGGGAUUGACAUUAAAAGGAGAUAUUUCAACAACAAGUAAUUGGGUAUUUAUCGAUAAAUUUUGUAUAAGUGAUGAUGGUGCAACGGUAUCACUCAAUGUAGACUUUGGAACUUCGAGAACCACCAAACUACUGUUGUACUCUGACUCUCCCAAGAAUUGGGGUAAAGUCCAAUCACGUGACCUUUCAUGCUACGAAAAGAUCGGUGCUGCCAGCACUGUCAUUGGAUGGAACUCGACUCUCCUCGGAAGAGUGGUUCCAGUCAACCAGCAACGUGAUCGUUGGUGGUACGUUGCCUUUGCCAACUGCGAGAGAAUCCCAACAUCUGUCAUCGCACCACAAAUCAACAUCUCUUCCUACGAAAUCGUAUUCAAGAAUCAAGGGGAUGGAUUCGAUCGUGCCAUCAGUGCCGAUCAACACGGUAUCCCCCAAACUCAACUAUUCUUUUUCAUCUUUUAUCUCAUGAUGUUGAUUUGUGUCGCCAUUAAUAUUCUAUUCUUGUGGCGUCGUCAAUUAGAGUCUUCAGUCAUGAGACUAUUCUUUGUCGUUGUUUUAAUCAAGGCAUUUGGUUUAUUCAUCUCUUUAAUUUAUUGGGGUAUCUAUUUGAAAGAAGAUCAUGGUAAUAAUCAAAUUUAUGUUGCUGGUUUUACAUUUGAUGUAAUUUCAAGAGCAUUCUUUAUAUUAGUAUUAUUAUUAUUGGCACAAGGAUGGACCAUUUCACAUCACUAUGGAUCAGUUGUAUCAAGAGCUGUUAGUGCAAUUAUUUUUGUUUGUUUCUUGAUUGCCAGUGUUUGUAUCUAUCUCGUGCCAAACGCCACUUACAUGCCAUUAAAGACCUACGUAUUCUACUAUGACACUGUACCAGGAUACAUUCUAUUAGCCAUGUUCCUUUGUAUCUUUGGAUGGUUCCUUUGCACUGUAUGUCGUUCAUCGUCCAAGCACAACCACGAUAUUCUCAAGAAACGUUUCUUCCAAACCAUCGCAGCUGUUUUCAGCUUUUGGUUCAUCUUGUUGCCAGUUGUCAUUAUCACAUCACACUUCCUCAACAACUGGGUCCGUUGUCGUGCAGUCACCAUUUUCAGUCUUGUUAUCGAUGCUGUCUUUUACAUUAUCCUUACCGUCCUCUUCCGUGGCAGCAAGUCCAAUUCAUGGGUACAUGUUAUCAACCUUGACCAAAACUCCAAAGGUAUUAAAUUAGAAGAUAAGGAUAUUCCACAACAACAAGAAGAACAAGAAAAAUAA